GCGAACAACGUGGUUUCGCGCGUCGCAAUUCAUAUUCGUGCGAAAGUGCAUCCCGCGCAUUGGUGUAUCGUGUGGAGAAACUGACGACAUGCCGCAGCCUUCGAUCCACCUUCUGCUGUCAAAUUUUAUGUGUAACUGACCCGUCAGAAUCGCAGCAGUCAUGGAAGCGAGUGUCGAGACGACGCCAGCCGCAGCUCCCGAGAGCAAAGAUGCCGCUUCUCCCGAGGAGGUUGCUUGUCACUCGGAGUCUCGCAAAGACGGGACGCCUCAACCAGCCAAGUUCGACAGCGGCAUGGCUCGGAUAAAGCCAGAAUUCCUAAAGCAGAGCCAACCGCGGCAUGUGGAGGCAGCGUUUGUUGCCCCUUCUGACCGCACGAGUGCGCCAACGGACGGGGAGCAGCCACCGCGCAAGAAGCUGCGUGGCCAAAACCACAGCCGACCACACCACCGGCCACAGCCGCAGUCGGCCAAGCUCUGUUUCCGGCACCUGGCCAAAGAGGGCUCCUGCCCGCACGGGGAGCAGUGCCGAUACAGCCACGACCUUCAGGCAUUCCUGUCGGCAAAGCCCGCCGACCUUGGAGACAAGUGCCCUCUGGUGGAAGCGCACGGCGGCUGCCGCUACGGGGCCGUCUGCCGCUUUGCCGAAGCACAUCCAGGAGGCGCCACUGCGGCACCCCACUCGGUUGAUGGCAUUUCUGGUACUCCGGGAGAGUGCAAUGCCUUGAGCAAGGAACUCCAGCAGGCACUCAGGAAGAGGCACUUUGACUUUGGACCGUCCGAAAAGAUCCUGAAGGAAAUAUCGUGUGGAGCUGCUAUUAAUGGAGUGACCAACAGCCAGACAUUGAACGAAUGCAUCGAUGAUGUGGGACCUGAAGAGCCCAAGAAGGUGGACUUCCGAGGAAAGCUGUACCUGGCCCCCCUUACCACGGUGGGCAACCUUCCUUUCCGAAGAGUGUGCAAGGAGUUCGGGGCUGACAUCACGUGUGGAGAGAUGGCAAUGGCUGCCAACCUGCUCCAGGGUCAGCCGUCAGAGUGGGCCCUGCUGAAGCGACACUCCUCGGAAGACCUCUUUGGAGUCCAGUUGUGUGGAGCGCAUCCAGAUGUGAUGACGCGUUGUGCCCAGCUGCUCAAAGACAAAUGCAGUGUAGACUUUGUUGACAUCAACAUGGGGUGUCCCAUUGAUUUCGUCUACAAGAAGGGUGCAGGAUCGGGGCUCAUGGGUCGUGCCAAGAAGCUUGCCGAGAUUGUCUACGGCAUGGUGGGUGUGCUGGACAUUCCCUUGACGGUGAAGAUGCGUGCAGGCAUGCACGAAGGCCGCCCCAUUGCUCACCAAGUGAUUGCCCAGCUCGUUGAGGCUCCUCGCAAGCCGGCACUCAUCACAGUGCACCCACGUUCCCGUGAGCAGCGCUACACCAAGUCGGCCGACUGGGCUUACCUGGACCGUUGCGCACAGGCAGCCAGCCCCAUCCCAGUGUUCGGCAGCGGGGACGUGCUGAGCUGGGAGGACGCUGAGAAACGGCUUUCCGAGACGUCUGUCAGUGGGCUGAUGAUUGCCAGGGGAGCCCUGAUCAAGCCGUGGAUCUUCACUGAAAUCAAGGAGAAGAGGCACUGGGACAUUUCCUCCUCAGAGCGCCUCGACAUCCUGCGCAGAUACACUGCCUAUGGUCUCGAUCACUGGGGCUCGGACACCGAGGGUGUGGAGCGGACACGACGAUUUCUUCUGGAGUGGCUGUCAUUCCUCCACAGGUACAUCCCCGUUGGCCUCCUGGAGGUUCUUCCCCAGAAGAUCAACGAGAGGCCACCGCCAUAUCGUGGCCGCGAUGAUUUGGAGACCCUCUUUGCCAGCCCAUCAUGUGCCGAUUGGCUAAAAAUCAGUGAAAUGCUCUUGGGACCUCUACCUGAAGGAUUCAGCUUCCUGCCCAAGCAUAAAGCCAAUGCCUACUCAGUAUAGCGAGUCUGCAGGUCGGAAGACGGCACCUUGGCAUGGCAAAUAGCUUCCUUCCAACUCUGCAUCUGUGUACAGUGAUAUUAGACGAUCCUACUCAAGCACUGUUAAGUGCAGCGUGAUUUUAAGUGCACCAUUGAAAAUGGAUGUUGUUGAUCUGUCACAUGAAUUUGGAUGUCAUCAUUGAUUCAUAUAUCAUAAUGUGAAUAAAGGAAGGAGUUUUUGCAACAGCACCCACGUUGCUCCAGUGGCUGCCGCAGAAGCUUGAAAACGUGUGUAUA